AUGUCAUUUUUUAUGGGAAAUAGCUCACAGUACUCAUACUUAAAUGUCGAUGAGGAAAAGAUGAAACUUGCUGAGGUUCAAUACGAUGCAAUGACCGCGACCUUUAACAAGGUAUUAGAAACUUGUGAAUCGAAAUGUAUUGGUCAUGAAUAUGGAGAGAGCGAGCUUAACACGGGAGAACUGAGCUGUGUUGACAGGUGUGUAAUUAAAUACGUUACAGCAAAUUAUACAGUAGGUACAUCUUUACAAGAAAAAGGAUUCAGCCCAUAUAAUAGCAUGCCGGAGUACAAUAAAAUUAAAAAUAUGAUUAAAACAAGGGAGAAUAACACUUAG